GUGAAAGGGAAAGCUGUGUUUGUGACAGGCUGUGAUAGUGGAUUUGGUCAUGCACUUGCCAAACAUCUACACAAGCUUGGCUUCACGGUCUUUGCUGGAUGUCUCUUUAAGGAUAAUGGUGGAGAGGGUGCAAAGGAGCUGGAAGAAUUUCAUUCAGAUCGCAUGAAGGUAGUCCAGCUGGAUGUGUGUAGUGAAGAGCAGGUGAACCAGGCUGUAGAAUACAUCAAAGACAACCUGGAGGAUUCAGAGAGAGGUCUGUGGGCUGUGGUGAACAAUGCUGGUGUGUCAACGUUUGGAGAAGUAGAGUUCACCUCCAUUGACACCUACAAGCAGGUGUCAGAGGUCAAUCUGUGGGGCACCAUCAGGGUCACCAAAGCAGUUCUGCCGUUGAUCCGCAGGGCCAAAGGUGGCAGAUCCAAACCAGACAGUGAUGGAUGUUUAGAGAACAGCCUGGAUGAUGGUGGUGUAGAACAGGCUCAGCAGCUCCUGGAGCAGGUGGAAAAUCCUGAGUUGUCCAGGAAGUACAGCCUCUGCUGGGCCUUUUUCCAGAUAGAUGGACACAUUCUUCACCAUCUAAUAUCGUCAUAUUGCACACCCCUAGUUGAAUGCAGAGCUGAAGUCCACAAACAGGAUCCUUGCGUACAUCCCUGGGGAGUCGAGGUGUUGCAGGAUGUAGUGCUGUCCCAUGCUAACUGCAUCGUCCAGCGACCUGUUUGCCCGGUAGACAAACUGUAG